UGGGAUCUGAUCGGAGGUGUUGGGGCCGUUAACAUCAACGACGUCGUUUUCUACCAACAACUCUGCAAUCUGCAAAGGAAAAUCGAGCUCUUUGAAUCCACCGCUCAAAUCGAUUUCCGCUCUUCCUAUUUUGCUCGAUGAUGAGAUGAAAAUCCUGCGAACUCGCGGCAUUCUUCGGAUGUUAAAUCGCCGGUUUUAAAUGGGAUUUCGCCGUCGCUCGGACUGCCUUUUACAUCUCCUGAUUUUUGCGUACUGCGUUCUUGUUCCUGAUUAUUUUCCCUUCGCGUAUGGGCAAUCCAAUGGCACCACUGUCACUCCCAUCAAUCGCGAUCUCUACCACACCAGGGGGGCCUUGCUUGAGGAAAUUGAAUCAUUAGUUGAUCGUCACCCAGAUAAAUUCACGAUUGAUAAAAUUUCUAGUAAGAACAAAGGCUAUGAGGCACAGAUAAGAGUAGUUAAUUAUUGCCGGAAUCAGAAACACAAUGAUGAAGGGGCUAAACUUCGGAUUCUAUUUAGUUUUGGACAGCAUGCUAGGGAGCUUAUUACGACUGAGUUGGCUCUGCGGCUUCUUUCUAUUCUAAGCGAAGAGGAGUUUUUACCUAAUGCUGAUCGCGGAACUUUAAAUAAGACACUUGAUAGGGUUAUUAUAAAGGUCGUACCAAUUGAAAACUUAAAUGGCCGCAAGCUUGUUGAAGAUGGAGACCUCUGUGAGAGAAGAAAUGGAAGAGGAGUUGAUCUUAAUCGGAACUGGAGUGUUGAUUGGGGCAAAAAGGAGAAGGAUUAUGAUCCGUAUGAAGAAAAUCCUGGACCAGCUCCAUUCAGUGAGCCAGAGUCCCAAAUUAUGCGGAAGUUGGCUGUAUCAUUUGAACCACAUAUAUGGGUUAAUGUGCACUCAGGGAUGGAGGCUUUAUUUAUGCCAUACGAUCACAAAAACACAACCCCAGUUGGAAUGCCAUCUCAGAUAAUGAAAUCAAUGCUUCAUGACUUGAAUCAUUUUUACCUCAAAGACCACUGCUUAGUUGGAUCUGGCGGAGGCUCUGUUGGGUACCUGGCUCAUGGGACAGCUACAGAUUAUAUGUAUGAUGUCGCCCGGGUGCCCAUGGCUUUUACCUUUGAGAUAUACGGAGAUCCUAACGCCUCCUCAAAAGACUGCUUUAAAAUGUUCAAUCCUGUAGACAUCAGCUCCUUCAAUAGAGUUCUGAACAGCUGGUCAGCUGCAUUCUUCCACAUGUUCAGCGUAGGCGUGCAUCAUUUGGACGGGCUUCAGUCGAAGGCAAUGGCAUCAAGUUUUGACAAUUGGGUGUCGAUAGACGACUAUCUCAACGGAUAUCUAAUGCAGAGGAAGAGCAGGUAUGGGAAGAAAAUCGAGGUUCUCGACCUCGGGUUGCAAGAAAUUCGAACAUAUUUCAGGCUAUUCUUGCUGUCCUCUGUGCUCUUGCUGUUCAUGUUUUGCUCCAGAAUUUCAAAGAGCACCCGGCCUCUUGUUUCCGCCAUGACUCUUUAACCUCGAAACUAUAUUGCUGAUCCAAUGAAAUUAGAUUCCUCAUAUUGUAUUUAUCUAUUUUUACAUCUCCAGGAGAUGAGAUGAGAUGAGAUGAAAUGAGAUGAGUAGCAUUUUUCACUCGCCAUGUAUAUUAAUUAUUUCCCUUAAAUCA